AUGCGGCUGAUAACCGGAUUGAUCUGGGGAUUUUGGGUGGCCUCACUAACUCGUGGUCGGCCAUCUUCCGAGGCGGCCAUCUAUGAUAAUGAAAGUUUCGCGACUAAUUCGAGCUCAGAAGAAACGCAUGACCUGAAUGAGACACUAUCAAAAGAGGAAAUCGAGGUCGAAGAACAACAGAAAAGAGUCAAAAAAACUCAGCGCUACGUUUUUGCACAUGUCGUAGCGGGGAAUGCUCAAAACUACACCAAGGAACAAUGGAUUUCAGACAUGAGGACUGCUCAAGAAGCACACAUCGAUGCUUUUGCGAUCAACAUCGGAACAGAUGCUUCUAAUGAUGUUCAACUGCCCAUGAUCUAUGAAUCGGCUAAAUCACUUGGAUUCAAGGUUUUCAUGUCAUUUGAUAUGAACUAUUACGCUUACCCUGGGUCUUCAAAAGACAUCCAGAAGCGCGUGUUGCAGUUUGCAAAGCAUCCCGCUCGAUUUCAGUAUCGUAAAAAGACGUUUAUUUCAACGUUUUCUGGUGAGGUACCAGGAACGUUUAUGGAUGCUAACCAAAACUACACAGCUGCUUGGUGCACUUUGAAAGCUUCAUUGCGCGGACAAGGUGUUGAUACCUAUUUUGUCCCAGGUUGGACUGGUAUCAAACCCUCAACUAGCCGAUGUGCGGAUGGCCUUUUAUCGUGGGAUGCCUGGCCGCACAACAGCGACAUAGAGCCGGCAAAUUUCGAGCAAGUUAACGAGAACGUGACUGCACAAGAGACCCUUUAUUUUCCCGACAAAGCUUCCAUGUUAGCCAGUCGGGCCGUACACAAAACCUUUGCUGCACCCGUCGCUCCACUUUUUUUCAAGCAUAUCAAUCCCUCUCCGACCGACAAUUAUAUCUACCGCAGUGAUGAUUGGAUGAUGGUUAAUCGCUACACCAACUUGAUCAAACAACGAGUCCCACCUGAGUUUAUUGAACUGCUGACUUGGAAUGACUAUGGAGAGUCACAUUACUUGAGAGAUCCCCAACCCUCAGCUAACUUACCCUCGGGAAUGGUUUCUUCCCUCCAAUACGUUGACGGGUUUUCACAUACGGCCUUUUUAAACAUGCUAUCUUAUUUCAAUCAGUGGUACAAGACCGGAACUCCCCCCGUAAUGAACCAGACGACAAUGUACAUCUGGUACAGACCGCACGUAAAAAACGCACCUGCCACUGAUGAUCUUCUCCCUGCUCCAGCCUUUGCCAACACGACGGAGGAUAGAAUAUACGGAUACGUGAUUCCAGCUCCAAACACCACGGUGAGCGCGGUGAGGAUAUUGUCAGGGUACCAAGUGUUGGAGCAAGCAUUGUUCCCUCUCAACGAAACUUCACCCUCCGUGAAUGGAUCAAACCUUUGUCAGAUUGUCGAAGACUUAUCAAACAAUAACGAAGCAGAGGUAGAUGGUACCGGAAUCUUGAUUUCUGCACCUCUCGAGCCUGGAAAUCAGCUGCUAGAAUUAUUGAAUGAUAAAGGCGAAACGCUGAUCAGCUUACAAGGCCGACCAGUCGAUGCUCUCCCAAAAACUUACAAUUUUAAUUAUUGGUCUGGUUCAAUAGCCUUCUAA